GGGGCCGGGCCGGUCGGUGCGGGGCGGCCAUAAAUCACGGCGGGCAGAGCCCCCGCCCCGCCGCCGCCGCCGCCCGGGGGACCGGGGAGGGAGGGGAGGGGGGGCCGAGCCCCGCCGCCAGCCCCUGCAGAUGUGGCGGAGCGGCCCGGCGGCCCGGCUGCGGGGGGGCCCGCUCCGCCAAGCCCCGCUCCCCGCCUCGCUCGCCUCCCGCCGGCGCUGAGCCCCCGCCGCAGCGCCAGCCCUGGCACCAUGCAUUCGCUGGAGGAGCCUCUGGACCUCAAGCUGAGCAUCUCCAAGCUGCGAGCCACCCGUGAGAAGAGAGGUGUCCCUGGUCCCCGUCCCCGCAGUACCCUGCGCCCAGAUACCCCGCCGGCCGGGGAUAGCCGACGGGGUAGCUGUGGGGGUCACCGGUCAGUGCCAGCCUCGUCGUCCCCUGGGCUCCUGGCACGCUCGAAACUGGUGGAGCCACGGGACAGGCGCUUGGCUGCUAUGCCAGUGGUGGACCUUAGCCUCUCACCCCGCUCGGGUGGGGAGUCUCCAUCUGGCAGUGUCUCACUGUCCCCUGAGCGCCAGGGCAGCGGGGACCUGCCCGGCCCCCUCACACCCCAUGAUUUCCAGUCCUUGCGCUACAUCGAUGGUCUCCCCAGCUCCUUCCAGUUCUUCCUGCCUCUGGGGGCAGGAGGGGCCCUGCACCUGCCUCCCACUGCCUUCCUGCCCCCCAGCAAGGAGAAACGCCUGCCCCCUGAGCUGCCCCUGCCCAAGCAGCUCGUCUGCCGCUGGUCCAAGUGCAACCAGUUCUUCGACCUCCUACAAGACCUGGUGGACCAUGUCAACGACUUCCAUGUCAAACCUGAGAAGGACGUGGGGUACUGCUGUCAUUGGGAGGGCUGCGCCCGCCACGGCAGAGGCUUCAAUGCUAGGUACAAGAUGCUGAUCCACAUCCGGACGCACACCAACGAGAAGCCACAUCGCUGCCCAACCUGCAACAAGAGCUUCUCCCGCCUGGAGAACCUGAAAAUCCACAACCGCUCGCACACAGGUGAGAAGCCCUACAUCUGCCCCUACGAAGGUUGCAACAAGCGUUACUCCAACUCCAGCGACCGCUUCAAGCACACCCGCACCCACUACGUGGAGAAGCCCUACUCCUGCAAGAUGCCAGGCUGCCACAAGCGCUACACUGACCCCAGCUCCCUCCGCAAGCACAUCAAAGCCCAUGGCCAUUUUGUCUCCCCGGAGCACCCAGAGAUGCUCAAGGUCCACCCGCCUCCCAAAACACCCCUGGGCUCAGCUGAGGUGCCCUAUGUUAACGGGGCACAGCUUGUGAUCCCCAACCCUGCUGCCCUCUUCGCUCCCCCAGGCUUGCCAGCAUUGCCCAUCCCUUUGGCACCAGCACCGCUUGACCUCAGCGCUUUGGGCUGCGGGGCUACAGGUGCCCUGCCUGGCCCCAUCUUGCCCCUCAAUGGCAGCCCCUUGAACUUGGCCAAGAGCCCACUGCUGCCCCCACCCUUCGCGACGGGGCUGGGGCUGCCUGUCAUGUCGCUGCUGGCCGGCGGGGUUAAGGCCGAGGGGGAGAAGGGCAGCAGAGCUGAGGGGCGGCCACCCAAAGCGGGCAAGGGGUCAGAGAGCCGGGAGAGGGGUGAAAAGAUGGAGCCAGGGCGGCCACGAGCACCUCCUGAGAGCCUGGCGUUGUUGCCAGGGGCUGUGCUUGACCUCUCUGCCGGGGUCAGCUCGAGGGGCAGCCCUGAUGCUCUGCCGCCGGGCUGGGUGCUCAUCCCCCCGGGCUCCCUGCUGCUCAAACCUGCCGCCGUCAAUUGAGGGGCAUGACGAUGCCCGGGGCUGGCUGACGGCCCUGUGGGCAGAUGGGGGGCCAUUGGCCCCUCCUUCCCCUUCACAGCCCCCCAUCCCUGGUGGGGCCUCACUCGUGCUUGUAAGCAUCACGAAAGAAGAACGGACUCUUCUGAGAAAAGCAAUAAUCCCUCGGCGGCCGGAGCUGGCUGCGACCCUGUGCCGGUGCGGGCAGAGCUACGGGGGGUCCCCCUGCACCCACCAGCCUGGGCAGCUGGACAUGCCGCUAUUUAUUUCUCAACCAGCCCUGUGCUCUGACAGGACCCCGCUUGGGUCCAUCUCCUGCCACCAACUUGGUGUCUCCCUGCCCAAGGCCUUGGCACCACUGGUGCCAAUAUGGGAGAGCCACAGCCCCUGGCCUCCCACUGUAGGGUCAGCGUGGUGACAGCCUGGGGACCGGCUGCUCCCACAGCCCUGAUCUGUGCCCAGCCGUGCUGUCCGAUCCCACUUGACUGGCAUGGCUGUGGGCAGUGCCACGGCCAUGGCACCUCUGUGCUGGGCCCAGCUGGCUGGGCACACGCUGGCCUGGUGCCCACCCUUGUCCCCUCGCCGCCUCCCCGGCCCUCCUUAUGACAAGGCACACGACUGCGUGUGCUGCUUGCCGUGCCGGCUCCACGCCGGGGCAGAGCCACCCUGUUUAGCUACGUUCAUACCUAACCACGGACCGCAGGUGCUUGUGGGCAGUGGGCAGCACAGGCAGAGCUACAGGCAUCAUGUUGGCACUGUCUGGCAUGACACCCACUCCUUGGGACAGGUCAGCCCCACUAGUGAGGCUCCCUGGUGAGCCGCCCCUGGGCCUUAGUGUAGUGUGGGGCAGGCCGGAAGCUGCCACAGUGCCAGGAGCAGGCAGCAUGCCCAGCCUCAGUGUGGGCAGAGCUCUGAGCAUCCUUUGGCACACACAGGGGGUCCCACGUUCCUCCUGCCACCAGGCAGGACCCCUGCCCACGGCUUGCUCCAAAUCAAGGUAGGGGUCUCACUGAUUGUCCCCCUCCCUGCUGGAAGGAGCCCUGGCUGCACAUGCCCCGCGGGGAGCCGGUCUCCCUGCCUGGUGCUGGGGCAUGGCAGCAGCCAGCUGGCACUGCCACUGCUCCCACAUGGCUGCAGGCCAUCGACCAGGCCGCCCCGGCCGGUGUACGGUGUACGUCUCCUUGCUCCUUCAUCCGUUUGUUGUUGCACAUUCCAGGACAUCAGUAUUUUAACGGUCUCCAAGUGCCUUUCUAUCGUAGUUUCUGGGUUGUUUUUAUUUUCCUCCUGUUGGGCUCCAUCGCUGUUAGCGUAGCGUUUAAGGACUGCAGAAGUACGAGAUAAGCUAACAACUAUAACACUACGUUCCUCCAGAGGAGAGGAAGUUUAUUAAGAAAACAAUAAAGUGAAGUUGAAGUAA